AUGGCAGAUCCGACGGGAGACAUCUACACGGCGACGUAUAGUAAUGUGCCUGUAUACGAGCUCAAGAUAUCGGGCGGCGAUCAUGUCAUGCGCCGCCGGUCCGACGACUGGGUCAAUGCAACUCACAUUCUAAAAAUAGCCGGCUUCGACAAACCUGCUCGCACGAGGAUAUUAGAAAGAGAGGUACAGAAAGGUGUACAUGAGAAGAUCCAGGGAGGUUAUGGAAAGUACCAGGGUACUUGGAUUCCACUCGGAGAUGGCAGACUGCUGGCUGAGAAGAACGGUGUCAUUGACAGAGUAGCAAAGAUCUUUGACUACGUCCCAGGCGACAAAAGCCCUCCACCAGCACCGAAGCAUAGCACAGCCGCCUCGGGACGAACGAAAGCAUCGAAGGCCGCCGCCGCCAACUCUGCUCCAAGACAAGCUCCCAAAGCUCCUGCUCCUCCGGCUUACCAGGACGCGGGCGAGAUCUAUCCUGAUCCGACACAGUCCCAGCAAUAUUAUGAGCAAGAGAGUCAAGGUCGAGCCACUCCAGAUACCCAAUCGUUUAUGGCCGACGAUGACUUUCUACCUCCGAUGUCGCAGAAUUCAACGGCUUCCAGAAAGAGGAAACGGGACAAUGAGUUCGUGAAUCAUGCUGCCGAGCUGGAGCACACCAUGUAUGGAGAUGAGCUUCUGGACUACUUUAUAACAUCAGGUGACGAUCCAGAAAGAGCUCUACUCGAUCCUCCUAUGCCCCCGGAAGGUUUCGACGUGAACAGACCCAUUGACGUCCAGGGACACACCGCACUACAUUGGGCUUGUGCUAUGGGAGAUGUCCAUGUAGCAAGAGAUAUGCUUGCUAGGGGAGCAAACCCGAACAUCGGCGCAGGGAGUUCAGAGGAGACGCCCCUCAUGCGUGCCGUCCUUUUCACCAAUAACUACGACAGGCAGACUUUCCCAAAAGUCGUGGCCGCGCUCGCAGGUAGCAUCGUCGAGAGGGACAGAUAUGGCGCUACUGUCUUCCACCAUAUUGCCCAGACUCUUGGCUCUAAGAGCAAAUGGAAUUGUGCCCGAUACUACUGCGAAGUUCUCAUCAACAAGAUGCAAGAAAUGGGUGUAAACUACGUCCAGACACUGCUUAGAUCAGCCGAUAGUGUAGGUGAUACCGCGGUGUUGAUCGCAGUGAGGCACGGGUGCAUGAAAGUCGCCAGUUUCCUACUCAACCACUGUCCCGAGGCUGGUGACCAACAAAACCACAAUGGCGACACAGCCAAUGAGUACCUACGUGCUCUAAAGGAAAAGCGAGAACUACUAGACCAGCCCCCCUCCUCCCCUCCAUCCUACUCCCUGGGAAGUCGAAGACUCCGUCGCGCUGCCCCCACCAAGCGCAACGUCUCCCAAGCCGCCUCAAGCGUCCUCUCCAAAAUCGAAACAGCCUCCCAAGAAGUCAGCACCAAACUCGCCUCCCUCUACGAAACAGAAGUCAAAGAAAAAGACAUCGCCAUAGCCGAAGCAAAACAAGCACUCUCAGACUUCGAAACCCAACGCCACCAAGUCCGCCAAGAAUCCUUCCAGCUCACAGCUCAAGCAGAAGCCGUCGAGAAAUCCAGCGAACUGCACACCGAAUACCAGAUCCUCCUAGCCGAAGCACAAUCCCUCCUCGAACAGAAAGACCACAGCGUCCUGCAAUUUGACGUACGGCAGCGCGACCAACAGGCGAAUCCACAGGCCUUCCGGUCCGCUAAUCCAUCGGCACUGACGCAUCAAGAGAUGCAAAAUGCACUUCCUUGGGCGAUAGAACUACAUAACCAGCAACAGAUACGGAGACGGCUGAUUCGAGAUAUCGCUGAUCUGACCGCUAGUGCCGGUACAGGUGAGCGGAUCGGCAAGCACCGCAAGCUGGUUGCGAUUGCUACGGGAUUGAAAGAGGAUGACCUCGACGCAAUGAGUACUGAGAUCCUGGACAGUUUACAGGCGACGUAUAGUCCGGAUCAUCCGCUUACGCCGCAGUUAGUAGCGCAGAUGCAGGUUGUAUAG